AUGAGGCACGACAUCUCAAUAUUCAACCAAGUCGAGUCAGAGUCAUUUGAAGAGGCAUGGAACCGCUUCAAAAACAUGUUGAGAAAGUGCCCACAACAUGGCUUCGACAAAAAGACCCAGAUCAGAUUUUUCUACACUGGAUUACUCCCAUCCUUCAAGAAUAUGGUGGAUGCAUCAUCCGACGGGUCUAUCUCAACAAGAACGAUCGAUGGAGCAUGGGAUCUGUUUGAGAGGAUGGCCACAACUUCAGCUAUGUGGUCCAUGGAUCGAGUGGUUCAGAAAAGAGAACCUGGGGUGUAUGAAAGUUGGGAGGAAUGUGGAGCAGACCACAGCACUGCUACUUGUCCAAUUCUCGCUCAGGGGGUCGAACAUGCAGAUUUUGUACAAUGGGGUCAACGCCAACAGAACAACCCACAUUCAGAAACCUUCAAUCCAGGCUGGAGAAAACACCCAAAUUUCUCGUGGGCUAAUCAGAAUCAGAACAGACCACAAGGGCAAUAUCAGCAGCAAGACAAAAAGCCCCCGUUGGAAGAUAUGUUCGAGAAAUUUAUGGCACAAACAAAUCAGUAUAUGGAAGCCAAUAACCAAUUUAUGCGAAGGACGGAAACAACACUUCAAGAUCAAAAUGCGGCGAUCAAGAACUUGGAGACACAAGUGGGACAGAUGGCAGUCUCCAUGAUGGGUAGAGCACCGGGUAACUUACCUAGCAAUACUGAAAUUAACCCUAAGGAGUAUGCAAAGGCAAUAACAACCAGAAGUGGAGUACAACUGCCAGAGAUACAUGUGAAAAGAUCGACAGUCAGUAAGGAGUCAUCACAAACCUUAGAUGAAGAGGUAGGAGAACAUUCUGAAAAUCCCAUAGAAGAUGAAGUGAAGAAGAGUUACAAUGUAUCACAGAGUGGUGCAACUAUCAGACCGGUUAAUCCUCAUGAGCCACCUAUUCCAUUCCCGCAAAGAUUAAGAAAGCAUAAACUGGAUCAGUAG